GGAGGAGGCGGGAGUUCGGGACCGGCGCCUUCUCCUUGCUCCUCGGGGUCGUGGCCUUGCUCCCGCCGUGCAAGGGAAGAGUCCGGGCGUAUCCACGCGCGUGUGUGCGCGUGGGGCCUGAAGUGCUCGUGCGUCCAGCUAGGUCUCUGUGGGGGCAGAAGCAGGAGCCAUGGGCGGGACCUCCAGCACCCGCCGGGUCACCUUCGAGGCGGACGAGAAUGAGAACAUCACCGUGGUGAAGGGCAUCCGGCUUUCAGAAAAUGUGAUUGAUCGUAUGAAGGAAACCUCCCCAUCUGGUUCGAAGUCUCAGCGGUAUUCUGGCGCUUAUGGUGCCUCAGUUUCUGAUGAAGAAUUGAAAAGAAGAGUGGCUGAGGAGCUGGCGUUGGAGCAAGCCAAGAAAGAGUCUGAAAAUCAGAAACGACUUAAGCAAAGCAAAGAACUGGACCGAGAGAGGGCUUUUGCCAAUGAGCAGUUAACCAGAGCUAUUCUUCGAGAAAGGAUAUCAAGUGAAGAAGAACGAGCCAAGGCAAAGCACCUGGCUAAGCAGCUGGAAGAGAAAGAUCGAGUGAUAAAGAAGCAGGAUGCAUUCUACAAAGAGCAGCUGGCUAGACUGGAGGAGAGGAGCUCAGAAUUCUACAAAGUCACCACCGAACAAUAUCAGAAAGCAGCUGAAGAGGUGGAAGCCAAGUUCAAGCGGUAUGAGUUUCAUCCUGUCUGUGCUGAUCUGCAAGCCAAAAUUCUUCAGUGUUACCGCCAGAACACCCAGCAGACCCUCAGCUGCUCUGAUCUGGCCAACCAGUACAUGCGCUGUGUCAAUCAGGCCAAACAGAACAUUUGUCACGGAAGGAAUGAAACCAGAUCCAUGCAUGAAGCAGGAGGAUAAAGAACAGCCCUUGCUGGUCAGGGACAGACAGAGAGUGAGAACACAAGCAUGCUUGAGAAGGGAGGAUAAACUCAACUUUUAGAACAAGCAAAACUCCUCAACGUUAAUUCCAGAGGCGGAACAUUUUUUUUUUUUCCUAGUGAGAAAGUAACCCAUUUAAAGAGAAGACGAUUAAAGAGAAGCACCAGAGAGCAGAUUCAGCCGAAGCACAUCCCAGUUUGAGUAGCUGCAGUGUGAAAAGCCGAGGCCUAGAUCAGGUAUCUGCCAGCAAGGACACUGCAGUGUUAGUCAACCCAUUUAUGACCAUUAAAAGAGAAAGGCACCCCCUCCA